AUGUCUUUCUUCGAGGGAGACACACGCAAAGGCGAACAGCCCGCGCCCCCGCCACGGGCCCUCACUCCCGUCGAGAUCGGAGCCAUCGUCGGCACCAUCACCGUCUUUGUCGGUGUCGUAGGGUCUCUUUUGUUCUACCGUGCGCACAAAGCCAAAAAGCGCCGGGAGUUAAACGGCGAAAGGGUAGACGAUGACGAGCAUCAGUUGCAGGGUACGGGGAAUAAAAAGAGUGACGAAGCAUCAUUCCGCGAGGAGACAACGGUAACGAGACUGCCGUCGCCGCCCCCACCAAGAUACCAUCCACCCAGGACCAAGAAGGUUUGGGAUCCCUAUGAGGGUCCCAAGAUGGAUGAUGCUGACGGUAGGCUUCUUCUCCUUGAGAUGAUGUGGCGUAUACUGACGGUGUAA